AUGGCACCGUUCGAGGCGCUGUAUGGUCGUCCUUGUAGGUCACCUAUUUGUUGGUUGGAACCGGAGGAUAGACUUUCAACUGGACCGGAUGUCAUUCAAGAGAAUGACGAGAAGAUAGCUGUUUCCCCACGUAAGGGAGUUACUCAGUUUGGUGUGAAAGGGAAGCUUGCGCCAAGGUAUAUUGGACCAUUCCCGAUCAUGCAGCGAGUCGGUGUUGUGGCGUAUCGUCUUGCCCUGCUGCCUGAAUUAUCUCAUGUGCAUGACGUGUUCCAUGUCUCCAUGCUUCGGAAAUAUCAACCUGAUCCGGAAGCUGUAGUGCAAUGGUAUGACGUUCCGACACAGGACGACAUGACGUACGAUGAGGUACCGGUCCCAAUUAUUGACCGGAAGAUGAAGAGUCUGCGUCAUCGUGAGAUCCCAUUAGUGAAAGUGCUGUGGCAGCACCAUGGUGUUGAGGAAGCAACAUGGGAGCUUGAAACGAUGAUGCAGGAAUGUUAUCCGCAUCUGUAUGCACUUUGA